AUGGCAACAGCUCUGCCAACAUUCCCUUCCUUCGAUCCCAACGCGGACCAGGGAGCACCCGGCGUCAGAUUUAAGAAAUACAUAGCUCGUUUUCGAAAUUUGAUAGUUGCUACAGACAUCGAUGAUCCCAAACGUCAAAAGGCGCUCCUAUUACACUACAUCGGUGAAGAAGUCAAUGAUAUCUUUGAAACACUCACAGUCAGUGAACCGGCUGAAGGAGAAACAGUUCUAGACGUCACAAUCAAAGCACUAUCUGAAUACUUUACACCAAAGAAAAACCCUGUAUUCGAAGAAUAUAAAUUUCGCAACGCCAAACAAAACAACGACGAAGCUCUUAUGACGUACUAUACACGACUCAAACAACUUUCCCUCACCUGUGAAUUUCACGAUGCCGAUCGCGAAAUCAAAUCUCAGAUCAUCCAACACGGCCGCUCGCAACGACUUCGACGAAAAGCUUUAAUCGAUCCAACUAUAACCCUGGCAAAACUUCUAGAAAUGGGUAAAGCGGCGGAGCUAGCCGACUCGCAAGCAGCGAACUUAGAACGAACAGAGAACGUCAGCCAUUUCACAACCGGAAGUAGCAAAAACCACAACAAAGCACGCUUCCAAUCCCGGAGCCCCGGUACCAGGGUGAAAUGUCGUAAUUGUGGAGGCACAUACCCGCAUGAAGGCGGAAAAACUGCUUGCCCAGCAUACGGAAAGGAUGUUGCUCCUGCGAAAAACUUAACCACUUUCAGUCCGUAUGUCUCCAAGACAGACAACGUUCAAACCCCACCAAACCACGUCAGCGACGCUACCCGCAAACAGCCGAACGACAGCACGUCCGAGCGAUGGACAACACCGCAGAAACUGACUACAGCGAUGACAGCGACGAAGUUGGCGUGUUCUGAAUCAACGUCAACAACAUGA